AUGCAGUCCUCAAACCCUAAUUCAUCGGAAACCUCCACCGGCCGCCACCCGGUAUACAAGGGUGUUCGCCGGAGGAGAAAUGGCGGGAAAUGGGUAUCUGAGAUUCGGCAGCCACGAACCACUAACCGUAUAUGGCUAGGGACAUACCAAACUCCUGAAAUGGCUGCGGCCGCGUAUGAUGUGGCUGCACUAGCCCUUAAAGGGAAAGACGCCGAGCUUAACUUUCCAGGCUCGGCCUCUUCCCUCCCAAUUCCGGCAUCAAGUUCUUCGAGGGACAUUCAAGUGGCGGCCGCAAGGGCUGCCUCCGCCGUGGGGGCGGCAGGGGAUGCGAUCACCGCCUGUGGGUCCUCUAGAUUUGGUGGAUUUGUUGACGAGGAUUUGAUAUUUGAUAUGCCGAAUGUAAUUGCGAAUAUGGCUCAAGGGAUGCUUCUUAGUCCUCCGAGGCUUGAGUUUGGUGGUGCUGAUAAUGACUACUCUUCUAACUAUGAAGAUAUAGGGUACCAGAAUCUUUGGAACUAA